GUUAAAUAAAUUUAUGGUUUAAAGUGUUUUUUAUAGGAUUUUAUCCUAUUCAUACCCUCGCCUUGAUGGAGAUUCUGGUGGCGUCUAGGUCGGUUUCUGGCUGAAUUGUAGGGUCAUUUACAAAGGCAUUGUUGUUUGCUCAAAUUAGGGUUUACAACUUUCUAAAGGCAUUUUGUCGGCUGAUUCUGCUUUCUCUGAAAUUGUUUGGAGUUGGAUCAUUUGAAGCUAAGGAGCAUGGUUCUUCAAAACGAUAUUGAUCUGUUGAACCCACCAGCUGAGCUUGAGAAGAGGAAGCACAAGCUCAAGCGUCUUGUUCAGUCCCCGAACUCAUUUUUCAUGGAUGUGAAGUGCCAAGGCUGCUUUAACAUUACGACAGUGUUCAACCACUCGCAGACGGUUGUGGUGUGCGGAAACUGCCAGACUGUGUUGUGCCAACCUACAGGAGGGAAGGCAAGGCUCACUGAAGGUUGCUCUUUCAGGAAAAAGUUAUGAAGAAGAUGACUCAGCCACAUUUUUUCCCUUAAUUUCUUUUAUGAAUUUGGGAUCAUUUUUUGAGCUAGUAAAAUCUAUGACUUGUGACUUUAAAGCAUGGAUCUUUGGAGUUGAGUAGAAGUUUGCUCAUUUAUCAAUGCGUUUAUUACAUCCUGAGUUUUUUUUUCAGAUGCUCAAUGUCUAUUCAUUACACACAAGUUUAAGGAAAACAAAAAGUUGUGAAGUCAAGCUGUA